AUGAGGAGGAGUCCUUCUGGGGCCGGCGGCAACGCAUGCGUAGGGAAGCUCAGGACUUUACCCCGGGUGUGCACGCGGCUGGUGAAGCAGCAAGCUACAUCAAGCGGCCCACCUCGCCUCGGCACUUCCUCCCUCCAGAGCUCACACUUACGGCAGGUUGUGGUGGAAGCCCGAGUUCUCCCGCGCUUGGGCUGGGGACAAAGCCGUGUAGGCUACCAGCUGUCUCAGGCGUUGGUCUUGAAGCUCACGGAUGAUGCAUCCCUGAACGGUCCGGAGAUCGAUAUGGCGGGGCGCUUUCCCCGGCUCCUGGCUCCCAUCCUCACCAGUGGCUCCAUGUGGAUUGGACUAGGACCCGAAGGUGUGCCAGGUGCGGGCCUGCAUCGGUUCCUGUACCACGUGCAAGAGCAUCACUGCCAGGCCCGUGAGUGGCUCCAGGAAAAUGCUGCCAAUGGUCUCCGUGUGCACUCCUACCUUCUGGCCACGUUGGCCACCUUGUUGCACUUGUAUGCCUGUGGGGUAGAUGCCAAGGAUGUUGGCAUUUCAAACCUGAGCCACAGGCCGCUGGGCACGAGGAUGGUUCCCCUUCCGGCCUUCAUCGAUGCCAACAACUGGGGCCCCUCCCAAGGGAGGCCGGAAUGGACGGGCUUUUGGAGGGUAGUUGCCAAAUACUGCCCCCAUGAUGUGGGCUACUUUCGGCAAGUUUCCAGGGGUCCACCCCAGGCGUGUUUUGACCAGAUCUGCAACACCCUUGGACCCUUGGGGGAAGAAGUUCGCUGGCUGUGCACCACCCCGGCCUAG